AAAAAAAUCAGACUGCUUACUCAGAGGAGAAACAGGCAAUGGAUCCCAAAAGGCAAGUGAAGCUUAAUGAUGGCCACUUCAUUCCUGUCCUGGGAUUUGGAACCUAUGCACCUCCAGAGACUGCUAAGAGUGAAGCUCAGGAAGUCACCCAAUUUGCUAUAGAGGUUGGGUUCCGCCAUAUUGACUGUGCUCAUGUGUACCAAAAUGAGGAGCAAGUUGGCCAGGCCAUUCGAAGCAAGAUUGCAGAUGGCACUGUGAAGAGAGAAGACAUAUUUUACACUUCAAAGCUUUGGUUAACUUCCCUUCGACAAGAGUUGGUCCGACCAGCCUUGGAAAAGUCACUGAAAACUCUUCAACUGGGCUAUGUUGAUCUCUAUAUUAUUCAUUUUCCACUGGCUGUGAAGCCAGGGGAGGAAUUAUACCCAAAAGAUGAAAAUGGAAAACUGAUAGCUGACUCAGUGGAUCUCUGUCACACAUGGGAGGCCCUGGAGAAGUGUAAGGAUGCAGGGCUGACCAAGUCCAUCGGGGUGUCCAACUUCAACCACAAGCAGCUGGAGAGGAUCCUGAACAAGCCGGGGCUCAAGUACAAGCCCGUCUGCAACCAGGUGGAAUGUCACCCUUAUCUCAACCAGAAGAAAUUGCUGGAUUUCUGCAAGUCACAUGAUAUCGUUCUUGUUGCCUAUGCUGCUCUGGGAUCGCAACGACUAAAAGAAUGGGUGAACCUGGACCUGCCCGUUCUCUUGGAGGACCCGGUUCUUUGUGCCAUUGCCAAAAAGCACAAGCAAACCCCAGCUCUGGUUGCCCUUCGCUACCAGAUACAACGUGGUGUUGUGGUUCUGGCCAAAAGUUACAACAAGAAGCGGAUCAAAGAGAACAUACAGGUGUUUGACUUUGAACUGACUCCAGAAGACAUGAAAGCAAUCGAUGGCAUCAAUAGAAAUAUAAGAUACUAUGAAUUUCUACUUGGUAUCAAUCACCCUGAAUAUCCAUUUCUUGAAGAAUAUUGAUUCUCGGGUCUCACUGUGGUUCUUUAAGAAUUUCUUGCUCCUGGGGCUGUGAAGAGGAUUUUUGUGAGUGGUGAAGGUGCUUGAAUGAAGUGUCUCAGCUUUUGAAAAUGCCUUUCUGUGUGAAAAAAUAAACAGUUUAUGAAACAAUUAAAACUUCAAA